CCCACCUACCUGAAGUUCACUAUAACAAAACUAGACCCUAACACACAAAAUCAACCUCUCAAUCUUUGAAGCAGCAAAACUGCAAAACCCUCCUUCAUUUCACUCGAAACAGAGAAAAACACCCUUUUCUCUCACUUCCAACUUCCACUCUCUCUCCUCCGCCGUCCCUCUUUCUCUCUCCUGGUGAUUAUUUCGUUUGAGGUCUUGUAUUUAAACUUCAAUGGCGGUUGAUAGAAUUCUGAAAGAUGAAGCUUCUGAAGAGAAGGGAGAGCGUGCCAGAAUGGCAACUUUUAUCGGUGCGCUUGCAAUAGUAGACUUAAUCAAAACAACUUUGGGACCAAAGGGAAUGGACAAGAUUUUGCAGUCAACUGGACGGGGUCAUAAUGUUACAGUGACAAAUGAUGGGGCAACCAUCAUGAAGUCCCUUCAUAUCGAUAAUCCUGCUGCCAAAGUUCUUAUUGAUAUUUCAAAGACACAAGAUGAUGAAGUUGGUGAUGGGACAACGUCAGUUGUUGUUCUAGCUGGAGAGCUAUUAAGAGAGGCUGAAAAGCUGGUUGCAAUGAAAAUUCAUCCCAUGACCAUCAUAUCAGGUUACAGGAUGGCCGCUGAAUAUGCUCAUAGUGUAUUGUUGAAAAAGGUUUUUGAUAAUAAACAGGAUGCAGAUAAAUUCAGGGCAGACUUGAUGAACAUUGCAAGGACUACUCUGAGUUCAAAGAUAUUAUCCCAGGACAAGGAACACUUUGCCAAUAUGGCAGUAGAUGCUGUAAUGAGACUGAAGGGCAGCACAAACCUGGAGUCCAUUCAGAUGAUCAAGAAACCCGGAGGUUCCUUGAUAGAUUCAUUUCUAGAUGAAGGAUUUAUUUUGGACAAGAAGAUUGGAGUUGGCCAGCCAAAGCGUAUAGAAAAUGCAAAUAUCUUGGUGGCAAACACAGCGAUGGACACAGAUAAAGUUAAGAUCUAUGGGGCACGUGUACGUGUUGAUUCAAUGGCUAAGGUUGCAGAGAUUGAGGGAGCAGAAAAGGACAAGAUGAGGGAGAAAGUGAAGAAGAUUAUAUCUCAUGGAAUUAAUUGUUUUGUGAACCGGCAGUUAAUCUACAAUUUUCCAGAAGAACUAUUUGCUGAUGCUGGAAUCCUUGCUAUUGAGCAUGCUGAUUUUGAUGGUAUUGAACGCCUUGCUUUGGUGACUGGUGGUGAGAUUGCAUCAACAUUUGAUAAUCCUGAAUCAGUAAAACUUGGACAUUGUAAGCUGAUUGAGGAGAUUAUGAUUGGAGAAGACAAGUUAAUCCAUUUUUCUGGUGUUGAGAUGGGACAGGCAUGCACAAUAGUAUUGAGAGGAGCAAGUGAGCAUGUGCUUGAUGAGGCUGAGCGAUCUUUACAUGAUGCCCUGUGCGUGCUGUCUCAGACAGUGAAUGAUAGCAGGGUUUUGCUUGGGGGUGGUUGGCCUGAGAUGGUGAUGGCUAAAGAGAUAGAUGAACUGGCUAGAAGAACUCCUGGAAAGAAGUCCCACGCCAUUGAAGCUUUCUCACGGGCACUCCAGGCCAUACCUACAAUCAUUGCUGACAAUGCUGGAUUAGACAGUGCUGAGUUGAUUUCAAAGCUUCGUGCUGAGCACCACAAGGAAGAUAGUACUGCAGGAAUAGACGUGAUCACUGGAGCUGUUGGAGAUAUGGCUGCCCUGGGUAUAUCAGAGUCAUUUAAAGUAAAGCAGGCUAUUUUAUUAUCUGCUACAGAGGCAGCUGAAGGGCUCCUUAGGGUUGAUCAGAUCAUAAGAUGUGCACCAAGGAGGAGAGAAGAUAGAAUGUAGAGCUGAAAUUUGCUUUGUAUUAUUGAACCUUAGGUUUUGUACUAGUGUUUUUCUUUUGUUUCUGAUUUAGAAGGCAGUAUGGGAUUUUGGUUUUAUUUCCCUGUGCAUAUGCUGUUGUUUUGUAGCAGCAUAUGAAUUUGUUACUGUAAUGGUCUUGGAUGUUGCAUACUUGCUUGUCGCUGAGUUCCGCUUAUGGAGCCGAUAUAUGUAACAUUGCAACCGUAAGUUUUGGUGGAA